AUGUACAACGGCGUGGGUCUCCAGACGGCGCGAGGUUCGGGGACGAAUGGGUACAUUCAAAGAAACUACUCGUUUCUGCGUCAGCGCCGCACGGACUUGGCGCGUCCGGGCGAAGCGCUGAAGCCGAUUGUCGGGAAGAAGCCGAAGACGUCGCUGGAGCCGGACGCGAAUCUUCUUCUCCACGAUGAGAAGCGCAAGGUCGAGGUGAAGCUGGUGGAGGAGCGGGAGUUUCUGCUGGCCGAGGGCAAGAGUGAACAGCAAGUCGAGAAGAUGAUCAGGAGUUUGCGCAGCCGCAUGAUGAAGGACGUGGAAGUCGCCUUUCACGCGAGACAAGGUUCUCAUGCCCAAGGCCUCUUUGGGACUUCCACUUUCGUCCCAGGGCGAGGCUACCGCACCAACGAGGGCCGGUCGACGGGACUCGGCAAGGGACAGGGAGAGACGUCUUCGCAUGCAGUCGCCGCGCGGAAGCAGGAGAAGCUGCGAAGCGCCGCAGGCGCGCUGAACAUUGACGAGUCGCGACACGAGAUCGGGCUGGCCUUCGACUUCAAGAAGCAACAGGAACUGAAGGAGGCUAGACAGCGAGAGUGGGAAGAGCGGAAACGGAAGAUGGUGGAGGAGCGCAGAGACUUCUUGCUCCAGGCGAGGAAGCAGCGAAAGGCGGAGAAGAAGAAGAGGCGGGAGUUCGAGAGAGAGGCGAAGAAAGGCCGAAAAGACAAAAAGAGGGGAAAAAACAGAGACAGCGACGAAGUCUCGUCCGACUCAAGCAGCAGCGACAGCAGCUCUUCUUCUUCCUCGUCUUCGUCUUCUUCGUCUUCGUCUUCUUCGUCUUCGUCUUCGUCGUCUUCGUCUGAUGAGGAGCGGGAGAAGGCAGUCAAGAGGGAGAUGAAGAAGGAGCGACAAAAAGGCGGAGAAGCAGAAGUCCGAGGGGGGGAGAGGGGUCGGCGAGGAGAGGAAAUGCAAGACGUUUCGCGGGGUACAGAAGAAGGAAGAAAACACACGAGGAGAGACGAGGGCGACAGGGGAGAGAGAGGAAGGGGAGAACGCGAAAGAGAGCGCGGGGGAAGGGAAGAAGAGAGACACCAGCGGAGAGAGCGGGAGAGGAGAGAGGACGACGGAGACAGAGAACGGAGGAGAGAGGACGACGGAGACAGAGUACGGAGGAGAGAGGACGGCGGAGACAGAGUACGGAGGAGAGAGGACGACGGAGACAGAGUACGGAGGAGAGAGGACGACGGAGACAGAGAACGGAGGAGAGAGGACGACCGGAGAGGCAGGGCGAGGCGAGGGUCAGUCGUGUCGGAAGAACGCGAGGAAAGGUAUUACGCUAAGCGGGAACGAGGGAGAGACGACCGAAGCGUCAAGCAUGAGGAACGGAGAGAACGCGACGGAUCGAAGAGAGGAGGGUUUGAGACGAGAGAAGAGCGCAGCAGGAGAGAGAGCGCGCACGAAGACGAGGCGGCCGAUGACCGGCGCACCCCGGACCUGGCAGGCGAGAGAGAGAGAAGAAAGGAAGAGCGACACGGGCGACAAGAGCGACGCGCAAGUGCGAGGAGAGAGGACGCCGAGGAAGGAAAACCAGAAAGGAGACACGAUCGCAGAGAGCGAGACCGAGAUGAAGGGACAGCUCGCGUUCCGGUGAAGCGUGAACUCGAGGAGGAAGACGACCGAAGAAAACGAAGGAGAACCGAGAGAGAAGCGCACACGCGGAGAAAAGACCGGGACGAAGAAGAGCGUUUGUCCUCGGAACCGGCGACUCACAGUGGAGACGGGAAUUGUGCGGAUAGCGACAGGAGGGCCAGAGACGCGGAGGAACGAGGAAGGGAAGGACGAGGAGACAGGUCCAGCGGUAGACGGAACCGCGACGAAGAUCGGAGAGACGAGAGAGAACGACACAGACGGGAAGACAGGAGCGAGGAAGAGUAA